CGUUAGUAACAGAGGUAUUUAAAAAAAACGCCUUUUUUUGGACAUUCAGCAUGAAGUUAUUACUACCGUUUUUGUUCGUUGUGCUGUUUUCUUCAUCUUGUAAUGCCAUUGAAGGCCUCGAAGGAAUGGACGAAACUGGAUUUUUCAAUUGCUAUUAUGCAAUAUUGUGCGAUGUUAGAAAACCAUUGGAAUUUAGAAGUCUAAUAUUUGAAACCUGCGAUGAGUUACUUGUAAAUGCAUGGAAAUGGUUCAGAGAUUAUACUGAAAUAGAUGACGCUGAGGACACUGAAGAGUUUUGGAAAAAAUACCCAGAAAUUAAAUGCGCCUACGCUCCAGAGAAAAAGAGAAAAAUAUUUGAUCAAUGGUGUGGAGCAAUGGGGGAAUUUUGGGCAGACAAAUGCAAUGAAGAACCAGAAGGAAUAUGCUGCAAAAGAAUUGAACAAACAGUUGAAAAACUGAAGGAGAUAAUGAUGAAGUAUGUAUCAAAUGGAGUAUGCAGCGUUAAUCAAGCUGAAGGUGCAGCAGGUAAAGGAGCUGAAAUAGCUAAAAGCAAUGCUGGUUCCAUGCCUGGUUCAAUGCCAUCAAUGGGAUGAGCUUUAUAUCCACGUCUUAAAUGCUGAUAUUUUGUUUAUACUCAUAAAUUAAAAUUGUGUUGUUUUACUUUUAAAUAAAAAUGUAAGCAAAUAAAA